AUGAGUUCACAAAUGAAGAUCUUGAAAAGAAUCAAAUCUAUCGUCAGGCAUUCAAAAGAACACGAAAAAGAAGAAGAACCUUUUAAGAAUAUAGAUUUGGUUGACAUCAGUGAUGAUUUCAUUAAUGUAUUUCAUAACAAUGAAGUGACACGAAAUAUAUCAAAUAAUGAUGAAGAAGCUGAAAUCUCGUCCCAAGAUAUGGCAACAGUAUUGACUGGGAAUAAAAAUUAUAGAGAUGGGGUUUCAAAAUUUAGUUUUAAAAAAAGAUCUGAUAAUAAGAAUUCCAAAUUUUCUAGUGGUCGAUCUAAUUCUUAUUCAGCACUCGAAAAUAAACUUCAAAAUAAGUUUGAGUCAAUUAGAUAUACAAGCAUCCAACUAAAAAAAAAUCCCAAUAAAGAGGAAUACAUACCUCGAGAUAAUGAGAUAGAGACAUCAAAAGUACAAACUGUUAUAGCAAGGACAGAAAAAAAUAAAAUUAUGGGCAACAAUCUCAAUAGAUUGCAGGAGGGAUAUGAGUCUGAAGAGUUUGAAAAAUUUAAUGAAAAAUUCAAUCGGAUUAGUAAGUAUACUAACAGAAUGAAGAUGCAUAUAAAACAUAAAAAAAAAUAUUUUGAAGCCGUACCAUAA